GUCGUUUCCGACGGACGCACGCGCAUCGUUUCGGAUCUAGUGUUCGUAGCGAACGCGAAGUGUAAUUAAAAUUUAAUAUGUAAAUUGAGUGCACAAAUAAAAAUGUCAAAUGUUCCGUUAGUACGUCGCGCGAUCGCCGGAGCCGCUUUAGCGCAUAAUGCCGCAGCCGUCCAGAUCCCUAUGGAUGGGCAGGAGAACCAGUGGACCCCUGCAGCGCUGGAGAGGGCUGGAUCGACGCUGAAAGCACUUAAUCGCAUGGCUAAGCGGCCACCGGUGCACAUACUUUUUGAGGAUAUCAGCUACACUGUCAACUCGCAUAAAGGCGAAGAGAGAAUACUUCACAACGUGUCAGGAGAGUUCCGUUCUGGAGAGUUGACGUGUAUACUCGGCCCGUCUGGUGCCGGCAAGUCCUCGCUGCUCAACAUUCUGGCUGGAUACACUUCAAAUGGAGUAACCGGUCGUAUAUCCGUCAAUGGGCAUGUUCGCGACAUGCGGGUGUUCAAGAAACUCAGCUCGUACAUAAUGCAGGACGACCUUCUUCAGCCGAGGCUUACGGUGCUGGAGUCCAUGAGGAUCGCCGCUGAUCUCAAGCUCGGGAAGGAGCUGGGGAAGGCUGAGAAGGAGUUGAUUGUAGAAGAGAUCCUCCAGACCCUGGGUUUAUGGGAGCACAGAGAGACGAGAUCCGAGCGACUGUCAGGUGGUCAAUCGAAGCGCCUGUCUGUCGCCUUGGAACUUGUCAACAACCCCCCGAUAAUAUUCCUUGACGAACCAACCACAGGCUUGGACAUCGUAUCAAUCCGCCAGCUGGUGGUGUUACUCCGUCUGCUGUCCCGCCAAGGAAGAACGAUCAUUUGCACAGUUCAUCAACCCUCAGCGUCCCUGUUUACUCUGUUCGACAGGGUGUACGUCCUCGCCAAAGGCAUGUGCUGUUAUCAGGGCGCCGCUCCUCUCCUAGUCCCGUUUCUGUCUGAAGUUGGCCACGUGUGUCCAACCACACACAACCCAGCAGACUUCGUUCUGGAGACACUACUGGGAGAUGGGGAAUCGGCAGCUCAGAUGACAGAACUGUGCCAGAAUGGGAAACUCUGCAGGAAACUAGAUCGAUUAACGACCAGGGGUGGAAGGAAACCGGUGCUGCACUCAGACGAGUCGAUCCAGAGGAUAUUCGGCGAACACGUCGCCAAAGAACAAACGCAGAAAAUGGAAUUUCCAACAACAUUCAUUACACAAUUCUCGAUAUUGUCUAAACGAAUGUUUGUACAGACUAAGAGAAAUUCCAUCAGUCUCUGGAUCCAACUGAUUCACCAUGUCACUUCAGCAGUGCUGCUGGGCAGUAUAUUCUUCGGUAUAGGCAACGACGGCGCAUCACCGAUCGCCAACUUCAAAUUCUGCCUCAGUUGCCUAGUUUUCUUCAUGUACACUUACAUUAUGAUCCCUAUUCUGUUGUUUCCAAUGGAAGUACGGUUAAUCCGUCGCGAAUAUUUCAAUCGUUGGUACAGCCUCAAGGCUUACUACGCUGCGCUGUCAUUUGCCACUGUACCAGUCAUGUUCGGCCUUGGAGUCCUUUUCCUAGUGAUUACUUAUCUGAUGUCAGGCCAGUUGCUAGAGUGGAACCGGUUCAUUCUCUUCUCAGUUAUUGGGUUGAUGACUGCCACGUGUUCUGAGGGACUCGGUCUGGCGAUCGGUUCUGCGUUUAGUGUUACUAAUGGUUCCAUAAUGGGUCCUGCACUAGUAUCUCCACUCCUCGCUCUAUGCUGCUAUGGUAUGGGCUUUGGACCGUACAUCGAAGGGAGCAUGAAGGCUCUGAUGUCCGCCUCAUACCUUCGCUACGGUCUUACAGGAUUAUCCUUAGCUCUGUACGAACAAAGAGCCUAUUUGGACUGCUCCAUGGAAUUCUGCCUGUAUUCUGAUCCUAGGCUGCUCCUCAGAGACCUAGGUAUGACUAACGAUCACUAUUACAUCCAGAUUAUAGGUCUCCUAGCGUUUACUGUAGUUCAUAGGGUUUUAGCGUAUUUUGCGUUACGAUAUCGAUUGACUGCUGAGUUUUCAAAUAAAUUCUUAAGUUAUAUUAGUAAGUUUUUAAAACAUAGAUAAUAGGUAGUGUUUUUUUUGGUUUAUGAAUUGUUACUAUUGAUGAUAUUGAAUACGUUUGUAAUGUACGGAAAUUGUAAUUAAUUUAUUUUUUUUAAAUAUUUAAGCCACGAUCACAUCAGACGAUAAGGUCGCGACUAGCUGUCUUUAUUAAACCUCUGAUAUAAUGUGUAUGCAGUGUUUGCAGUUUGUCGCAUUUCAUGAGUUCGUAGCCUAGAUGAUUUUCAAUCGUUAACGCUAACGUUGUGUAUGCGAAUAUUAACUAGAGAUAGACUUAUCGAUAAGAUAUGUUAGACCCAUACAUUUUUUAUAUUAUUAGCGUUAACGAUUGUAGUAAGGUAUCUUGGUUACGGCCUCUGUUAUAGCAUUUGCUACCAAAGGCACCACGUAGAGAAGUUAUUUAUUGAGGUUAGGUCACAACUUCGCACUGAUUGUCUCGUGUGGUAGUGGCCUAAAUGCGAUUGAUUUUGAGUUAUCUAUUUUUGUAGACGUGAUGGUAUUUAAUCUCAACUAAAGAUUUAAAUUAAUAUAACUAAAUCGCAGGAGGUCGCUGGAUGCGGGUCGCUUCCAAUAGGUUGAUCUGGAGAUCUUUAACGGAGACCCUUGUUUGGCAGUGAACAUCCUGCGGUUUAUAAUGUUUAAAGAUUUGUAUUGAAUAACUGGUAACCUGACCUUUAGUCUUGAGAAAUACAAAGAUAUUUUUAUUAUAUAUUUUUUUUUUAUUUUUGUAAUUUAGUCAGUCUUUUUAACUGACGAAAUAAAUGGAGGUUCUUAAUUCUACACGUUUUUAUUAAUGUUAGACUACGCAUAACUUUUAACAAAGUAGACUAUUUGUUUUUUAUUUAAUGGAAAUAAUAACACAUUUUUAUAAAGUUUGUUAUACUAUAUAGUUUGACUGCCUCGGUGGCGUAGUUGUAUUGCACGUCCGGUACAAUAGCGCUCUGAGGUCCUGGGUUCGAAUCCCGGGUCGGGCAAAGUGAUAUUUGGGUUUUUCUGCUCGGUAUCAGUCCGGAGUCUGGAAUUUGUGCCCGAUAUGGCGAUAGGCUCGCCCCCUAUCACAUCAUGGGACGGAACAUACUUGGCGAAAAGUGGGUGCCCUAGUUGCGCCUCUGCAUACCCCUUCGGGGAUAAAAUGCGUGAUGUUAUGUUUUAUAAAGUUUGUUGAAAUAUAAUUUAUUGUGUGAAUUCCUUCGUAACUUUGACCAAGGACAGAUUGUUUCAAAUUAAUUCAAUAUUAAACUAUGCGUGACGAGCAUUGUAUUCGUAAAUGUACCUUUUUACCGGUUUUAUUACAGAUUAAAUUUGUUAAGUCGUAAUAUAAUUAUAAAUUUCGUGAACCAAUCCUUCAUAAUAAAGCUGCUUUAACUGGAGGUAGGAUAUAUUUCAUACCCGUCCAGAUAGCGACCACCGUACACAAGGCUUUAAAAUCCGCCACAGUGGCCCAUGUAAGUGUCUCGUUCCGGGAUCAGCCUGUGUAUAUCCGGUUCCAACUGACCGGCAUAAUUGUGUCGACUGCCGAGGGGUAAUCAUCUAUCGUCAGUCGACAUUGUAUUGGACUCCACUCCACUUACCAUCAGGUGUAGUGGAGACAAUUCGCUGUGCCAGGAUAAAAAAACUAAGAGCCUAUGUGCACAUACAUAGCUGAAAAAACGUCACGUGCAUACAAGUUAGUAAGUAGUUUGAAACAAUCUGUCUUUAUUCUCUGUGUAAAUAUAUUUUAUAUCUGUGAUAAUUAAGGUAACAAUUUAUAAAAAUUGUUUUGGGACGAAUAUUAUAAAAAUAAUGUGUUGAAAGUAUUUCAUUGUGACACGAAUUAAAUAUGUUGCAUCGUAUUGCUAUAUUUUUGGGUGUUUUUUGUUUCACCUGAAUUCCAGAAAUCGUAGUUUUAUCGUGAAAUAUUCAACGCAGAUCCUAAGAGGUAUGCGUUUUUCCUACGAAUAAAUUUCAACCGUAUGAAAUUCAAAAGUUAAAAGUAAAAAAAUGGACUAAUCUAAUUUUACCAGAUUCGCGAAGACCAGGGCAGGAGUCAAACCUGUGCUCUUGUUUCACAGCCACUUAUCCACUAUGUAAGGCUGUCGUAUCGUUUAUUUUAACCAAUUGAAAUAUAAUGUUCCGUCCCUAAGGUCGCUUCCAUAAAUUACAUCACACGAAUGUCAUUUUUGACCAUGUUCUUAUGACACGUGGUCAUAUUUACGGGACCCAUCUUUUUGCCACGUGACGUCACCAAACUUGACUCUCCCGCUCCCUUCUCAGUGUCACUUAGAUGACCCCCUCUUAAGGUGUGAUUUAAUUUAUGGGUAUCCCCAAAGAAAAAUGAUCUUUAUUUACCAAUAGUAUGUACGUGUUAUGUGGCCAAUGGUAUUUAUUAAAUAAUAUAUUUU